AUAUUUAGAUUGUACUUAAUCGUCUGAUUAGUGUUAAUAGGUAGUCACUUCUUAGCUGUUAGUGAUUUAUUUAUAUAUGUUUAUAAUGGUGCUGUAUUACUCAUAACAGGUAUAUAUGUAAUCAUAUUAGGUAUAUAGGUUACCUAUUUCAUUUUGUACCAAACGUUUUUCCCCUUUUUUAUUUCACUGACCUGUACCUUUGCCCAGUUUUUCCCCUGGGCUGCUGUACAGUACCUGUACCGCCGAGCGCCGCUCUUUUUAAAGUAUUUUUUCCCUCCUUUUCCCUCAGAGGUGCUGGUGCGUCUGUUUACCUCACAGAGGCACAUAUUCUCCUUCCCUCCCCGUCUUUCCCGCGCACCGCGGGGGGGAGAGAUUCGUCUCCCCCUCCUUCUCUCCUCAGACAAGCUUGUAUGCUCUCUCAGAGCUGGAGGAGGGAGGGGCGACCAAUCAGAGGAGAGUCACAGGACAUGUGACUCUCUCUCUGCUCAGGCAGAAGGUGUAGGCUUUCUCCUCACGCUGCAAAGUCAGUCCCUGCACUGACGGCAGUGAGGAGAGAGCCUGGUAUUGUAAUUUAACCCCUGCCUGCCUUAGCAAGAAUCAUUUUCUCUUUGCCUUACUCCUGGCAGCGUGGAUUAACCCCUACCUGCCUUUAAGCAACACUACCCAUAUUGCCUUACUGUUUGUGUCUAUAGCCUAAUUUUAAGAGCUAUCCUUACUAUAUAUAGCUAUACAGAGCGGCAGCAUGUCUGAUCUCCCUGCCCCUACGGAUCCUAUGGAGGAUAACACCAAUAGGGACACAGCCCCAGCCCUGAAUGCUGCCCAGAUUCAGGAGCUAAUUAAUAAAUCCAUCCUGGCUGCCCUGUCCUCUGCUGCCUCCUCCAGGGUAUAUAUACCCAUGGCCCCACAGUUACCGACGCCGCAAGGCGACGAACCACCGCCCAAAAAAGGCAAAGCCUCUCAGAAGAGGAAGCACACCCUGGCGGUGAUUGACUCCCCGGCAGGGGAAGGAAAUAAUAUGCCUCAGGUAAACCCUAACACGGCUUACCAACCCCAGCAUCAGACGCACUCAAAUAGACCCCUGGACCCCAGGGAGUUACAAUUUAAAGGGACUAAGGCCGCAAGAAGGGCCAAACCGGACUCAUACAUUGACUCUCCACAAGAGGAUUCUGAUGACCCCUUAGAGGGAUCGGAUGAGUCAGAGCCGGAUUCAUAUGAGGACGAUGCUGGGGAGACGGCGCUCACUACAGCUGCCAACCCUGCCACGCAGGGAGAUAUUCUCCUAGACUCCCUAGGAGAACCGUUCUUUGAUCCAAACGCUAUUAGUCACCCGCGUUCUGGAGAAUGGACCCCUCUACCAGAGGUGAACCAAUACAUAGAAUUAUGGGCUAGAAAAUCCCUUGACAGGGUUAGUCGCAACAAACUUAGGGCUGAAUGCCCUAGACCCCUUAUACCCAAUAAAGUGGUGGCUACCCCUGAGAUAGACCCCAUUUUAACCAAAUAUCUAAUGAAAUCUGGCAAAUUCCAGAGAAAAGGGGUAGAACGAUCAUUCCGAUCCAUUCAAGAUCGUGUUCUAGACAUGAUGGGGCCCCUGACCAAGAUCCUCAAUCUUUCGGAACAGGCGGCAGCAUCCGGGCAACCGGUCGACCUACAACAGCUGAGAGGCUGGGCGCAAAGAGCAAUAUGCCUGGCUGGCACUGCCAAUACGGCAUGCUCGAUUGAAAGACGCCGAUCUAUACUGAUGCGUCUGGACCCCCAGUUAGCCCACCUGGCGGAGUCAGAACCCGGACCGUCUGCGGACGGCAUGUUAUUUGGAGACUCUUUAUUGAAAGACGUCAAUAAAUUUGUGGGCCUUUUUACGAGCCUGGACAAGGCUCAAAAUUCCUUGAGGAAAGCUGGGACCCCCAAGGUUUUUAACAGGGCCGGCAGAAACAGAGGCCGAUCUGCCGGCCGUGCCCCUUCCUACAGGCCACAAAAUAGAGCCCCAGUACAAUACCAGUACCCGCAGGCUCAAUCCUACGCCGCUCCAGUGGCACAACCUGCCCCCUUCUUUCCACCACGAGGCAGACCAUGGCGAGGACGAGGGGGACGAGGUUACCCACGAUCCCGACCUCCCACCGGUUACUGAAUAUCGUACCUGGGUAAUACUCCGGAUUGGGAUACUUGAAAGUUCUACUGUCUUCUUACCCCUGUUGGGACGGAACGCCUAUUGAACCCUCGUUGGGUUAAAAUUUCUCCGAAACCCCUGUUGGGACUCGACGAACGACUCUGAUCCAAGUUAUGGAUUCCUCGGACCCUGGCCGGACGGAUACAGUUCAAGACGACGACAUCCGACGGGCAAGAUCUUCGCAGCAAGAAAGAGGAGGAUCUUAGUCGGGCAGUCUGUUAUAUAGAGGUCACCGACCUGGGCGUGGCUACGGAUUAC